AUGAAAAAGACAUCUAAGAGAUAAUCUACAAUAUAUCGAUAAUCGAUAGCAAUGUCUGAAUUUUCACAGUCAUUAUUAGAGAAAAAUGAUGUUUUGGCUUAAUCAAUACAAAAAAUAGUAAAAAAGCUUACUCCUUAAAGCAGAAUAGAGAAAGCUGAAAGACAUAUUUAUGAUGCCUAUUAUUUAAGAGCCAUACGUAAUGAUAUAGAUUUAGUAAAUAAAUAAUAUCUGAAACUAUUAUGGUAUUUGGAGAACAAUCAAUUUUGGAUUAAUGGAUUAUUUAUUUUGUCCAUCAUUUAUCAAUUAAUGACAUUUUUUGAGCCAUCAUUUCCUGAUGAAGAUAAUGUGGAGAAUCCAAGUUUAUUCAUUUUAGAAUUUAUUAUCUUGAUGUUUAUGGGCAUAGACUCAUGUAUAACCAUUAUUUUAUUAUUAACAAAGAAAGAAAGCAGAUUUGCUUUUAAUCCAAAAAGAUAAUUUAAAUUGAUUGUUUAUUAUUUUUGUUUAGUUGAUUUCAUAAUACAUUAAUAUGAACCAACUUUUAUUAGAGUUAGCAAAAUAUGCAGAACUAUGUUAAUGCCAAUGUAUUCUAAAGAUUUAAGAAGAAAUUUAAAAGGAAUUAUGAAAGCUUCUAAGGAUUUACUACUUUUGAUUAUGCUAUAUCUAAUUGUAAUUUCGCUAUUUUCUUUUAUUGGGAUUAAUUUUAUUGGUAGAUUAGAAAACGUUGAUUUGAGAACUUAAGAUUAUGGCGAUUUUUUUAAAUUUUUUUCAAUGUUAUACAUGUUAGCAACCCUUGAUUUUUAUCCUGAUAUUUUGAUUCCACCUAUGUAUUAAGGAAUCUAUUAUUGUUUUUUCUUUAUUACAUAUUUACUACUAUUCAUAUUUUUAUUUGCUCCAAUUCCAUUAGCAGUUGUAUAUGAAGGAUUUAGAAAUCAUAGAAUGGAAAUUGCAAUAAGUGAUAUAAUAAAAUAAAAGACUGCUAUGAUGGCUAGUUUCAUAUCUUUAGACUUUGAAGAUUAAGGAUAUUUGACUAGAGAUUAAUUUAAAAAUUUUAUUAAUCAUUUCUAUAAGAACACUAUAAGUGAAUAAUAAAUAAACUUAUUAUUUAAUUAAAUUGAUUAGGAUUUUAAGUAAUGUAAUUAUAACAAUGUAGUGAUAAGGUUUAAUUUGAUGAAUUUCAUAAAUUUCUUCAUUUACUUCAAGAUGCUUCAGUAGUCUCCUUACCAGAAAUUAAACCUUUUGUUUGUUGGGAAUCAUUUAGAAAUUACCUUAUAUCUAAAGGUUUAUUAAAAUUAGUUGAAGGACAUGUAAUAAUUUUAUAUACUAUUUCAAUUUUAGAUAUUUGGAGUAUUCAUGUUAGUUAUUACUAUUUCUAAUUGUAUAUUGAUAGUUUUAGCAUUUUUUAUUGAAGAUUAAGAAAUCCUUGAUAUUUUUAAUAUUUUUGAUACUGUAUUCUUGGUUCUAUAUUCAUUAGAAUGUCUAAUUAAAAUUAUUGCUCUAGGAAUUAAACCAUAUUUCUAAGAAUAAUGGUAUAAUACUAUUUUUAUAAUAGGAAUAUUUUUGAUAUUACUUUGGUAAUUCUCUAAAUAAUAUUUGAUUAUAUAUUAUUUAAUAUCGUCUCAGAAAAUAUUGCUUAAUCAAUCAAAGCUAAUAGAUUAUUGAGAUUGGCUAAAAUUUAAAAAGUAUUCAGACUUUUUAGAGCAUUUCGAUCUAUAAAAAUAAUAAAUAUUUUAUUUGAAGGUUUAUAAUUUUUAGAUUUAGUUAGAACUUUAUUAUACAAAAUAAUAAUUUGUGUACCUUUAAUUUUAAGGUUAAUGUUACCUGUACAAAUGGUAUUCUUUAUUUAUUCUUGUAUUGGUAUGUAUUUAUAUGGUAAAAUUCAAAAUAAUGAAGAUAAUCCAUAUGCAAACACAUAAUGUGAUGUUAAUAAUUUUGAAUAUUAAUGGGGAAGUUGUAAAUAUGCAGACUUUUCUACUUUUGCAGGUUCAUAUUUAAUGAUGCUUUAAAUGUUUAUAGCAGCUGAAUGGAAUUAAAUAGUAUUUGAAUUAACAUAUGACACUGAUGAUAUGUUAUCUGCAAUGUUAUUUGUGGGUUCUUUUGAAUUUUUUUCAAUUUUUUUGUUAGCUUUAAUAGGUGGAUUGGUUUGGGAAGUUUUUGUAAUUGUGUCUUAAUCUUUGAAAUAAAGUGAAGAUCAACUUGAUCCUUUAGAAAAUAAUUUAGAUGAAAAGUAAGAAAUUAAUAAUUAAGCAGCUAAACAUGAUAAAAAAAAAAAAUCAAUUUUAAAUGAUGAUAAUCCAGUUGAAAUUAAAUUUCAUCGUAAAUUUAGAAUUGAUAAAAUAAAUAAAACAUAAAUUUAGAUGAAUAAUGUAUAAUAAUAUCAAGAAGAUGAUAUAGUAAAUGAUGAAAGACCUGAAUUUCAUAUUUCUUAACCUUGUUCAAGAAUAUACUUUCUAUGACAUGGAGGUUCAGGUAGAAGAGUUGCUCCAUUUUAAAAUUUAAAAAUUUAAAGAUCUGAUGUAAUUGAUCAUUAUUUAAAGAAUUUUAUCACAUUUGAAAUGUGGUUAUAGAAGAAAUAAUUAGAAGGUUUAGAUAUCAAUAAAUUAGCAAUUGAUUAUAUGAUUCAUUUAAGAAAUGAAAUUAAAAAGGAUGAAAUUUUGUAAAAAAAAAAUCUUAAUAUUUCUAAUCAUCAUUUAUUAAUUUAGAAUGCAGUAUUAAAAGAUGCAUCUGAAAUUUAUAUUAAACAAUAAGAAGAUAAAUUUUUUAAGUCAUCCUUCGGCUAAAAAUUUGAAAGAAUAUAAGAACUCAAAUUUUAAAGUAAAUUUAAAAUUGAAAGUAAAAUCAUAUUUUCUCUAAUGGGGAUUCUUAAAUUCCCAAAUCCAAAUCUUAAAUAUUAUUUCUAAAUCCUUAAUUUAAUAGAGAAUUACUUUACAUACUAAUUACUUUCUGAUUAUUCUUUUUUUAAAUUAAUUCAUUAAGUCAAUAAUAAAUGGUAUACUAUUAGUAUUGAAGAUGGAUAAAUAUUUUUUUAAAAAGUAGGUAAUGGUCCAUGGGAAUACUUUGAAUAAUUAUUUUAAGAAAGCAAUAUGAGAAUAUGUGAAAAUAUGUCAACACUAUUUGAAACUGGUAAUCAAGAAUGUAAAAGAGCAAAUGAAUAAUUUAAUUUGAGUGUUAGAUCUAUUGCAAAAAAGUUAGAAAUAAAUUUAUCUUCAAUUGAAAUAAAUAAUUCAUGUGUUCUUUAUUAGAUCAAAAAUGAAAAAAUUAUUAAUAACGAUAUCCAAUCAUUUAAAAUUAAGAAAUGUAUUUUUCAAAUUUAUCUAAAUUAGCCAAUGUAACUUCUGAAGAUUAAUCACCUAAUAAUCAAUAAUAUGUAUAUUUGGACUCCUAACAUUAAUCAAAUGCAUUUCUUAAACUUAACCAAUCUCCAAAAAUAGAAACAAUUAAUUUAGAUGACCAAAAAUAUGUUAGUCAAACAAUAUUGUUUACAAUAGCAAGAACUUUAGCAUAAGAAUAAAGAAUUAAAUAUUAAAAUAUUACAAUGCUCACUUAAUUCUUAUAAGAUGUAGGAAGAGUGAUAGAAAAUUAUAGUUCUACCUUCUUUUAAUAAAUAUACAAUCUUUAUGAAUUGAGAAAUUAAGACAAAAUAAAGAGCAUUCGUAAAUUGUGA